GUUCAGCGAGAUCGGUGCAGGCAUUCGAGCGAUCGGCGACUCCAAGGACCCGCUGCUCAUCAAGUGCAAGGCCGAGAUGGUCGCUGAGCACGACGCGCUCAAGGAGCGCAUCAUGCGUGACAAGCCAGUUGCCGUGCAGUUACACCAACUGGUCAACAGGUGCCAGGCCUUGGAGAAGAAGCGUGACCGCGAGUCUGAGCACGUCAAGGCGAUCGAGCAGAACAUCCAGGACCUUCAGGCGCAGCUCAGCGACGCCAGGGACGUGUUGUCGGCCACGGCGACGGAGCUGGUGGAGGCAGAGGAGCAGCGUCGCAAGGCAGCCAUGUCGGUCCCACGUCCUGGGCACUCAGAUGGGCCGCCGUCGCUGCGCACUGUCAUCUCGGGCCUCGACAUGUCGACCGACGAGGUGGGCAGGAUGCUCGAGUCGCUCGGCGCCGAGCAGAGCAUGUGCAACGACGUCGUCGGCAUGUUCGAGCGGCUGCGCGCGUUGGACGAGGCGGCAGCUGAACGCCGUGCUCGUGAAGCUGGUGGCGCAGGACGAAAGUCAGCUCAGAUCGGCAACCACUCGGCGAUGCAGUCGGAGCCCGCGCCAAGAAGCAGCGAGUGUCAACCGAGUGCCCGUGGCUAUGUGCAGUCGUCGCUGUCGGCGCGCAUCGCCCACCCCGCUCGCCCGCGGCUUGGCAGCGCUGCCAUGCGGGAGUCUUGGGGCAGAGAGUACCGACCGACAGUGGUAUUGGCAGCUGCGAAACACGUGGUGUUCUGGUUGAUAGCUUCGCUUCAGUGCUCUCAGCGCGUGGCUACCGAUCCUGUGGAUGAGGGGGUGCGGCGUCUGAUCAGCCGUGCGCCCGCCUUCCAGUGUUACCCGGGCUCAGACCAGAAGUUCGGCGAGCUCGAGUGUCAGGAGGGCCCCGAGGGUUCAAGUCGCACAGUGGAUGAAAUAGACAGUGAUGCGGAGAACCUCGGGAGCAAGUCUAAAAGCAAUUAUGUCCGUUCUAGCUCAGUUUGCACGAUCAAUGCAUGGACCCGUGGUCCGUUGGUCAAGCUGCUGAGCGUUCCUGAUUACAGUCGAGGAGUUGUGCUGGUCCAGUGGCAUCACUGUGAGAAGUCGAAGCUCCCCGACGUUCAGCACAGCUGCAAAAAAACGUGGACCUGUGCGGCAUUUGGGCUCCGUCAGUUUCCACAGGCCGUGGAGGUACUGCAGGCCCACUGGGCUAUGGCAAAUGGCGUGGUCUGCAUCUCGGCUUAUCUCGUCGUCGGCAUCGGGCUCGCAGGUGAGAAUUUGAAGCUGCUUGCUGCGAUCGCGAGGUACAUUGCCAAGUUGAGCGUGGUAGGCCAGGAGUGGAUCAUAGGCGCCGACUGGAACGUGGACCCAGACUGUGGCAUCGACGAUUGGUUCAUCGGCUUGAAGG